CCAUCUGCAAAUAAAGAAAAUGGAAGUUCUAACUCAAGGUCUUCUAUGCUCAGUUUUCUUCAUAGCUCUCGCCAUCCUUUUUAGAAUAGUCACAAAACGUGGAUCCUCAAGCCAGUUACCUCUUCCUCCCGGCCCAAGACCUCUCCCGGUGUUGGGAAACAUACUCGAACUCGGCCAAAAUCCCCACCGCUCCUUGGCUCGUCUUGCCCGGACAUAUGGACCAGUCAUGUCUCUCAAGCUUGGCACUAUUCACACCGUCGUCGUCUCCUCUCCAAGCUUCGCAAAAAUAGUUCUGAAAACAAAAGAACACUCCAUCUCUGAUCGACAUGUCCCAGAUGCCGUGAAAAUUCUCGGCCACGAGGAGGUCUCCAUUGUAUGGUUGCCACCAAACCAAUCAUGGAGGUACCUCCGCACUCUUGCCAAAACCCAUCUCUUUAACUCGCAGUCUCUCGAAGCAACCCAAAUACUUCGCCGGAAAAAGGUCGAGGAACUUGUCGCUUUCAUAAGGGGGGAGAAUGGGGCGGCGGUGCACAUUGCUCGGGCAGCAUUUAGUACUGUUCUCAAUCUCAUAUCGACCACAAUCUUGUCAACUGAUAUGGUAGAUUUCAAAUCUAAUUCAGCUCAAGAGUUGAAGGAUACUAUGUGGGGUUUGAUGGAAGAGGCCGGAAGACCGAACAUCUCUGACUUCUUCCCUUUAUUGGCUCCAAUAGACAUGCAAGGUCGAAGACGACGAUUUACUGUAUACUUUAAGAAGUUAUACGACUUCUUCGAUCAAAUGAUAGAAAAUAGAUUGGCAAUCACGGCAGAAGGUAGAAGGAAGAAUCCCGACAUUUUGGAUGUGCUUCUUCAACUCUGUCGAGAAGUCAACUCCAAGCUCAACAGAAGAAUGAUAAAAUCCUUGCUAUUGGAUUUUUUUCUUGCUGGAAGUGAGACGGCCGCCGCUACGUUGGAGUGGGCGAUGGCCGAGUUGCUUCACCGGCCAGAAUUGAUGAUGAGGGCUCGAGAAGAGAUCACAACUGUCAUCGGGUUCGAGAGAGAAGUAGAAGAGUCGGACAUCUCAAGACUUUUGUUCCUCCAAGCAGUUUUGAAGGAGACUCUCCGGCUUCAUCCCCCAGUUCCACUUUUAUUGCCUCAUAAAGCAGAGGUGAGUACAGAGAUAAAUGGUUACAGGGUGCCGAAGAACAAUCAGGUCCUUGUGAAUGUUUGGGCCAUGGGCCGAGACGAGCGGGUUUGGGAGAAUCCGGAUUGCUUUUUACCAGAGAGGUUCAUGGAAGGAAAUGAGAUUGAUUUUCGUGGACAGCACUUUGAGCUCAUACCAUUUGGUUCGGGGCGGCGAAUCUGUCCUGGGCUUCCUUUGGGUGUUCGGAUGGUACAGCUCAUGCUGGCUUCCCUCAUUCAAUCCUUCGAAUGGAGUUUGCCUGACGGAAUGAAGCCUACUGAUUUGGAUCUCACUGAGAAGUUUGGUGUCACACUUGUCUUGGCUUGUCCACUUAAGGCCAUAGCUACUCCUGCUAGAAAAAAUUGAACACUGGAUCAAUAUUAAGAGCCAUCAAGACUAUCAUCAUAUUAUGGAGAUUAAGAUUCAGUAGAAAGCAUUGAAAAGUGGUUUCAUUUGCGACAACUUUCUUAUUAUUUUUUAAAAUAAAAUUUUAAUACAAAAAUUUAUAGCAGAAGAAAUUUUUGUACUAAAAAUUUGUUUUAAAAAACAGCAAGAAUGUUAUCUCAAAAGAAGCCUAAAUGUCAAUUGUAGUAUUA